AGCCGUGCGGAGCGGCGCUGCCGGGCUCGCAGCCGCGCGCGUCUUUUGUUGCCGGGACUCCCUCGCCGCGCGGCCCGGGCCGGAGCGGCCAUGCGCCUCAUCCAGAACAUGUGCACCAUCGCCGAGUACCCCGCCCCGGGCAGCGCCGCCGCCGCCGAGUGCUGGCCGGGCGCCGCGGGCCGCCGCCUGGUCAAGAUCGCCGUGGUGGGCGCCAGCGGCGUGGGCAAGACCGCGCUGGUGGUCCGGUUCCUCACCAAACGGUUCAUCGGUGACUAUGAAAGAAAUGCAGGUAAUCUCUAUACCAGACAAGUUCAGAUAGAAGGUGAAACCCUAGCCAUUCAGGUUCAAGACACCCCAGGUAUCCAGGUCCACGAGAACGGCUUGGGCUGCAGCGAACAGCUGAACAGGUGCAUUCGCUGGGCAGACGCCGUGGUGAUGGUUUUCUCCAUCACGGACCACCAGAGCUAUGAACUCAUCGGCCAGCUGCACCAGCACGUGCAGCAGCUCCAUCCGGGCACCCGGCUGCCCGUCGUGGUCGUGGCCAACAAGGCCGACCUGUUGCACGUCAAGCAGGUUGACCCUCAGCUCGGACUGCAGCUGGCCAGCAUGCUGGGCUGCUCGUUCUACGAGGUGUCCGUCAGUGAAAACUACAACGACGUCUACAGCGCCUUCCAUGUCCUGUGCAAAGAAGUGAGCCACAAACAGCAGCCCAGCGGCACCCCGGAGAAGCGGAGGAGCUCCCUCAUUCCCAGGCCCAAGUCGCCCAACAUGCAGGACCUGAAGAGGAGGUUCAAGCAGGCGCUCUCUGCCAAAGUGAGGACUGUCACCUCCGUCUGAGACAGCGGCGCUCCAGGGGGGGUUGGUCUUUCCAGGAAGACGGCCUGAGGUUCUUCCCGCGCAGGGACAUUGAAUGCCGGCAGCAAUUCACGGCUCCAGAAAUGUCUGGGGCAGAAAGGCCAGGAGGGCUUAUGGAACCGCCACAGAAGCAGCAGCGUUGCUCCAAGCAGGGGACAGAGCUGACGAGGCUUGAAGGAGCCACUCUCUGGAUAUGUGAACUGCACCCCCGUCUUUUCCUUUGCAGUGGGGAAGGGUGUGAUCGCUUCGGUUCUUGCUCCCAGCCACCUUGUGAAUGAUGGUCGGUUGUAGUGUCACCAAAUACAUCAAUGUGAUUGAUUUACAGUGGGGAUGAAAGAACAGAUUAAGCAUUCACAGAUUUUCUUUUUUCUCCUUUCUUUUCUUUCUUUUUUUUUUUUUUUCCCCCAAGAGGAAGAAUUGCAUUUCUCAGUACGUUUGAAUCAUUCUGGAACACUGUUCUUACAGAACACCUUUCUUUUCUUUUUUUUUUUUUUGAAACAGAGUCUCACUCUGUUGCCCAGGCUAGAGUGAGUGCCGUGGUGUC